AUGAACGUUCCCCUGAACGAUGGGGCCAGUAUUCUCACAGGUGCAACCCUCAACGAUCAUGACAUUCUCGUGUACCUCGGCACUGCCAGUCUGAAGGAUCAUUGGCGAUUGAAGAUGAUCGCGACCAUGCGCUGGCCCCACAGGGUGCCCACGGUCCCGAUCGGUUGGGCAGAGGCGUGGGAAGUGGCCAAGGAGGAAGAUCCGCGGGUUCAGAUGCUCUCCGAUCUACUGAACGAGGCACUGGAUAAGGCAGGCCUGACAGAUGCCAAUUCCGCUUACCCGGAGAGAUGCUCCGUACUUGGGCUGCUCGCAGACCACGAUCUACCUGACCGCGGUCAAGUCGACGAAGAGACCGGCAUGGUGCAAUCGGCAAUCAUCGACGCGCACCAGCACCAGGAGGGUGGUUGCAUCAGUCACGCAAAGCGCUCGCGAAGCCGCCCGAAGAGCUCUUGGGAGACCCGGUCAACAGGGUUGAUGGCAGCCUAUCUCCGCCCCAUGAUUGCUCCCGCCCCUGCUGCACCGACCGAUGCGGAAUUGUGA